AUUUUGAUGUUUUCUCCUCUUUCUUUGGGUCUCCAAGAUUUCAACCCUGCCGAUUCAAAUUCAUAUUUGUAAAACAGAUACUAUUUUUAUACGUAAUUAAUUUUUUUCUGGGGUCUCGAUGAUUUGAUAAAUUAGUUGUAGGUUUAUCAGAUAGUACAUGCAAUUGAAGGAUUUUCUUGAAAAAGUUGUUGUGAUUCUUAGAGAUUGCUAAACUGUGAAUAUCUGAAAAACCCAAAUUGGAAUUGAAGUGGGAUUCUUGUUUUUUUCUGUGAUUUGCAAGUAUAUGGAUGUUUUGGGUGUUGGAUGCAGAUGAAAGAGGAUUGAAGAAGCAAAGGGGUAUUUUUGAUUUGUGUUUUGGGGCAUGGGGACGAAGAACAAUGAUGGUGAAAAACCAAAGGAAGGAUCAAAGUCAGGUAGGAGUAGUAAUGGCUUCAUUCCGACGUCGUUUCGAGUUCUUUCUAGGAUUGUAUCCUCUGGUGCUUCGACUGUUUCUUCAACUGUUAGGUCAGCUGCUUCGGCUAUUGUGGACAGGGACAAUGAGCAUGAUCAGGUUCUGUGGGCUGGAUUUGACAAGCUGGAAUGUGAGGGAGGCACUUCUCGUCAAAUUUUGCUCUUGGGUUGUCAGUAUGGUUUCCAGAUUUGGGAUGUUGAAGAUUCUGAUAAUAUACGCAACUUAGUUUCCAGGUCAGAUGGUCCUGUUCCUUUCAUGCAUAUAUUACCAAAACCAAUAGCAUCAAAGAAGCACGAGGACAAAUUUUCUGAUAGUCACCCAGUUUUAAUACUUUGUACUGAUGGGUGUUUUUCUGGAGGUAGUAACAUUCGGGAGGGCAUAGGGAAACUUCAUGAUGUAACCAUCCAACAACAUCAUGACCAAGAGAGUACCAGUUUUGAUCCCACUAUUGUUUGGUUUUAUUCCUUGACAUGUUACUCUUAUGUGCAUCAGUUGAAGUUCAGAUCAGUUGUUCAUUUGGUUAGAUGUAGCUCCCGUGUGAUUGCCAUUUUACAAGCAACUCAGAUACACUGCUUUGAUGCUGCAACUCUAGAUAAGGAAUAUACUGUUGUUACCAAUCCUGUCAUCACGGGUUUUUCAGGGUUCGGUAGUACAGGUGUGGGACCUCUUGCAUUGGGUCCCAGGUGGAUGGCCUAUAGUGGAAGUCCAGUUUCAAUUUCAAAUUCUGGUCACAUCAAUCCACAGCACCUUACUCCUUCAGCUAGUUUCCCCAGUCUGGCUCCAAAUGGCAGCUUAAUCGCUCAUUAUGCAAAGGAAUCCAGCAAGCGACUUGCAGCUGGUAUUGUGACUCUAGGGGACAUCGGGUAUAAGAAGCUCGCUAGGUACUAUUCUGAUCUGUCACCAGAUAGUAAUUGUUCUCAAUCUGGGACUGCUUGUGGAAAGAUAUCAGGAACUGCUAAUGGUCAUCUCCCAGGUGCAGACAAUGUCGGAAUGGUCAUAGUCAGGGACAUUGUCAGCAAAGCUCUUAUUGCUCAGUUUAGGGCACAUAAGAGUCCUAUUUCAGCUCUAUGCUUUGAUCCUAGCAGUACUCGAUUGGUGACAGCUUCAGUUCAGGGUCAUAAUAUCAAUGUAUUCCAGAUAAUGCCUAUACUAUCUGAAAAUAAAUCGCCUAAUCCUGGUUCAUCUUAUCUCCAUCUUUACAGGCUGCAGCGUGGACUGACUAAUGCGGUUAUACAGGAUAUAAGUUUUAGUGGUGAUAGCCAGUGGAUUAUGAUAACUUCUUCCAGAGGGACUAGCCAUCUAUUUACAAUUCCUUCUUCAGGGACAGUUAAUUUUCAAUCUUCAGAUGCAUUUCUUACUGGUAGGAGUAAUGGCUCUAGUGUCUUGGAAAAACCUGCAGUUCAUUGCACCUCGAAUUCAAAAAUUCCGGUGCUUAAUCAACAUAACAUCUGUGAAUCUGGUCCUCCGGUGACUCUUUCUGCUGUUGGUCGAAUAAGGAGUGGAGGUAAUGGUUGGAGAAAUACUGUAACCGGUGCUGCAGCUGCUGCAACUGGAAGGACAAUUUCUUUUUCUGGGUCCAUUGCUUCAGCUUUUCACCACUGCAAUAGUACUAGACAAUGUGCAGAUUCAGGCCUUCUAAAAGCAAAUCAUCGCCUGCUUGUUUUUUCAUCUCCGGGCUGUAUGACGCAGUAUGCAUUGCGUAUGUGUUCUGAGCUAGAUUCUGUUGCAACCGUUCCUGCUAUGGGUUCAACUUACGAGGCAGAUCUUGAAACAAAAUUAGUGGUAGAGGCAAUCCAAAAGUGGAAUAUUUUCCAGAAACAAAAUUACAAAGAACGAGAUGAUAAUGCUGAUAUAUAUGGUGAAUUUGGCUGUUCUGAUAGCAGUAAAGUCUUUCCUGAAGGAAUAACCAAGGGAAACAGUCUCUCUUCCGAGACUAGGAAUACAUUUACUAAAGAAAAGAUAAGAUCUGAGAUAGGACAUCAUAUAUACAUAUCCGAAGCAGAACUCCAAAUGCAUAGACCUCAUAAUCAAGUGUGGGCAAAACCUGAGGUAUUUUUUCGAUCAUUUGUUAUGGAUAGGAUUCACUUAGAUGACGAAGGUGGUGGAGAGGCUGAGAUUGAAGUAAUACCAACUCAUAUUGUUGAGGCAAGGUCAAAACAUUUAUUUCCAGUUUAUUGUCACCACCUUCAAGCUUCCAAGAGCGGAAAAGCAAGCCAACAGUUACGUCCAAGUCCAGAGGUCUCUGAAAGCAAUAAGCUCAAGUUAAAUAGUGGUUGUGAGUGCUCUUCCCUUUCCAUGGAUGAAUCCAGCAUUGAACUUCACCAUGGCAGAGAAACCGUGAGGGAUAGUGUUGGAGCGAUAUGCCAAACGGCUAGUGCCUUUGUAAAUAGUAGUGACAACAGUAGCAUAGAUUAUGUAAAUGAUAUAAGAAGCACCAUGGAGACUACACAAUCUAAGUUUGUAAAUACUAACCUAGGUGUUACAAAAACUGUCACUCAUUUAGAAGAUGAAGCAGGUUAGUUGUUUAUUUGAAUUUGAAGGCAAUGAAAUGAAUUGCAACUUUAUUUUUUGCUUUUGUUAGUUGUGAUCUGUUUUGUUCUGAAUUCAGUAAUGUAUGCUACUUCCCUUCA